AUGAAGUUAAUUCUUAAACAAGGUGAAAGAUGUGAAUUACAAAGCUACUUGCUCGUUUUAGAUGAUCAAAAUGACAAACAAGUUAUUAGUUCAAGAACAAUAAUUAAUCCUCAGGACGAAUACCAGUUAUUGGAUGAUCUUUCAUGUGAAAUAGCAGGUGAAGUUCAUCAUUAUCGCUUUCUGGGAAGCGGAACUCGAGAGCAAUGUUCGACUGCUAAACAGUACGAGGCGUUAUCUCGAGAAGUGAGGAACACAGUUGGUCCGUCAAUCAACGCGUCAGUCAGACGAACCAAAUCUCGAAACACCAAACCGAAAAAACGAGCACGAGUUGGUACUCCGAGUCCCACAAGAUCAGUGAAUGUGCCAACAACAUCGACUCCAGCUAUUAGCUUCGCUGAAGGUUCUGUUCUUCCUUCCCCUAUUCCUGUCGCUGAUUCAUUAUCACGGACACGAUCAUUAACAACUGAUGAACGUCCGAAAAAUCCUCGAUCAGCCAGAGUUAGAUCACUGACUCCAACAAAAAGUGGUGAGAGCCUCCAAUUGAACAGCCCUCGAUCAACCGGAGCGCUUCCACUAACGUCAACAAGUGAUCAAGGUCUCCAAGCGAAAAGCCCUCGGCCCACUCGUGCUCGUGUACUAACAAUACUAACAGGUGAUGGUGCAGCAAAAAGUCCUCGGUCAACCAGAGCGACUUCUCAAACACCAUCAACAAGUAGUGGUCGUGGUGGUCAAGCAAAAAGUCCUCGGUCAACCAGAGAGACUUCUCCAACACCAACAACAAGUAGUGGUCGUGGUGGUCAAUACUAUGUCCAUAGAUAG